AUGACACACCACUUGAUCGAGCACAGCUUUUUCUUUACAACUGAAGAGCGCGAGGCUAUUUAUCGUUCCAAUAGCGCUGUUAAUACACGCCCGGUGAGCUUUGUAACCCGCAUCUUCUUCCGAUUAUGGACUUACAUCAGUGUGAAACUGUUGAAUGAGCAGAUCGCGCCUAAUGCGAUCACGAUGGUUGGUCUUUUGUGUUGCUUGCAGGCGUAUCAGCUUAUUCAUACCUAUUACCGCUACGGCGAGGAGGAGGAAAGGGGGGGGAUGCCACUGCGGGAGUGCGCGGUGCAUGCGGUCGGCCCCGGCAACCACAACCACAACUGCAGCGCCUACAAGGAUUUUUUCGAGGCGAAUCGCCCGGUGCAGACAGCGACGAUCUUCGCCGCGCUGCUGUUGAUGGUGUCGAUUGUUUGUGGUUCGCUGGAUGGCGUGCACGCGAAGCGAUGCCGAAUCGCAACGAGCCUCGGGGAUAUCUUUGCGCGCGUGUGCAGCUCCAUCUCACGUGUUUUCAUCGCCCUGACGGUGCUGGAGGUAAUGCACGUCAACGAUAUCGGAACGAAAUGGUACGUGCUCCUCACUUUGCAGCUGAUUGAGUUCAACACCGUGCUCGGGCGUAUUAACGCGGAGAAUUUACGCAAGGAUAAGGUGAAGAAUUGGGCCUAUGUCGCGACCUACUGUUUUCGUGAUUCGGAGAUAUCAUUCUUGAUGUUGGCUUUGAUGGCGCUGCGUUGGAUUUUCCCGCCCUUUGCGAGCUACUUGCACCAUGUAAACCACCAUUACGUUCAAUGGGGCUACUGUUUCUUGUUAUGUCUUUCAUUUCUCAACAUCGCGUUGCUGAAGAUGUGUGUAAAGCACAAGAGCAGCAUUGCGAUUUGCCUUGUGGCGCGUGUGAUGCCCAUUUUCUACCUUCUUCCAUUCAACGAGUAUAGCAUUCUUUCCAUCACGGGGGAUGCCCUUGUGGUGGGGUUGCUCUCCACAGAGGUUUAUGUGAGCCAUUUAUGCCGUCGACGAAUGCACGCCGCGGUGACCUUGAUCUGCAUCGGCUCCAUCUUCAACGCCGUCGUCGCGGUCACUGGCACCGUCGUUUACGUCAUCGGCAUUCUUGUCGAUCUCUCGUACUCCCUCAACUUGCCGAUUUUCGUUCCGGUGCGGAACGUCUACAUCGACGGCGUCUUCGAUCUUUGCCAUGCGGGGCAUAAACGGAUGAUGGCGAAGGCGCUGAGCUUUGGUAAUCGCCUCAUCGUCGGGGUUUGCGGCGACGACGAGUGCACCGCUUAUAAGCGUCGGCCGAUUAUGACGACCGAGGAGCGGGUGAACGAGGUGAAGCUCUGUAAGUACGUUUCGGAGGUCAUCCCCAACGUUCCCACAACUGGGGUCACUGAGGGAAUGAUUAAGUUCUACAACAUCCACGUCGUGGCCUGCGGUGAGGAGUAUAACAGCCCGGAUGAUACCUACUACGAGGUGCCGCGGCGACUAGGCAUUCUUCGCACCCUACCACGUACCCCUGGUAUUUCGACAAGCCUGCUGAUCAACCGAAUUCGUCUAGCGAGCGAUGCAGAGGUGGUGGCGAAGGAUAAGCUUUCUGGAAAAUCUCGGGUGGGGGAUAACGAGUAA